UCUAACAGCACGGAAGGCAAAGCCUGGUGUUUGUGUCAUGGCCUGGUGGGUGGUGUGUGUGGGUGGAAGAGGCACCAGAAUCAAAUAGUGACUCGGGAAAUCAGCCUCACCAACCAUGCCCUUGCAGCCCCUCGGAGCAGCACCGUCAGGAGGCUGAAGACGGAAUCAAUGGUUGAGCCAGGGAAGACCUGCCCCAUUGAAGGUCACUGGAAAGCAGGCUGUUGCAUUGUAGACGUAGACAAAAUGCCUUAUUUUACAAGACUCUUUUUGUUUUUGUUUUGCCUGAUGGUUCUUGUGGAGAGCAGAAAGCCCAGGAGGAAGAGAUGGACAGGACAGCUGGAAAUGCCCAAGCCAAGUAACUCUUACAAAAAGAACCUCGACAUGACCAAAAUCGGAACAGGAAAACCUCAGCAGCUUCUCAGAGUGGAUGACCACGACUUCAGCAUGAGGCCGGCCUUUGGAGGCCCUGCCAUCCCAGUGGGUGUGGACGUGCAGGUGGAGAGUCUGGACAGCAUCUCUGAAGUGGACAUGGACUUCACCAUGACCCUGUACCUGCGGCAUUACUGGAAGGAUGAGAGGCUGGCCUUCCCCAGCACCAGCAACAAGAGCAUGACCUUUGAUGGACGGCUGGUGAAGAAGAUCUGGGUCCCAGAUGUGUUCUUUGUUCACUCCAAAAGGUCAUUCAUUCACGACACYACCACUGACAACAUCAUGCUGAGGGUGUUCCCAGAUGGUCAUGUGCUGUACAGCAUGAGGAUUACUGUCACUGCCAUGUGCAACAUGGACUUCAGCCACUUUCCCCUGGACUCCCAGACCUGYUCUUUGGAGCUGGAGAGCUAUGCAUAUACAGAUGAAGAUCUGAUGCUGUAUUGGAAGAAUGGGGAUGAAUCCCUGAAAACAGAUGAGAAAAUCUCCUUGUCUCAGUUUCUGAUUCAGAAAUUUCACACAACUUCCAGACUGGCCUUCUACAGCAGCACCGGCUGGUACAACCGACUGUACAUUAACUUCACGUUGCAUCGACACAUCUUCUUCUUCCUGCUCCAAACCUAUUUCCCUGCCACCCUGAUGGUCAUGCUGUCCUGGGUGUCCUUCUGGAUUGACCACAAAGCUGUGCCCGCCAGAGUUUCACUAGGCAUCACGACGGUGCUGACCAUGUCCACCAUCAUCACGGGCGUGAACGCCUCCAUGCCCCGCGUGUCCUACAUCAAGGCGGUGGACAUCUACCUCUGGGUCAGCUUUGUGUUUGUGUUCCUCUCGGUGCUGGAGUAUGCAGCRGUCAACUACCUGACCACGGUGCAGGAGUGGAAGGAACGGAAGCUUCGGGAGAAGGUCCCAUGCAUGUGUGGAAUGCCUCAUUCCAAAACCAUGAUGCUGGAUGGAAGCUGCAGUGAGUCUGAGGCCAACAGCCUGGCUGGGUACCCAAGAAACCAUAUUCUGACAGAAGAAGAAAAGCAAGAUAAAAUAGUGGUCCACCUGGCCCUGGGCAGUGAGUCUAGCUCCUCCAGGAAAAGGGGGCUUCUCAAGGGCCAGGUGGGGCUCCGCCUCUUCCAGAACACCCAUGCCAUUGACAAAUACUCCAGGUUGAUAUUCCCUGCCUCCUACAUAUUUUUCAAUUUAAUUUAUUGGUCAGUGUUUUCCUAAGGGCUCCAAGGCCAUGCCUAUGUAAGGCAUGGACAUCCAUUGGUGGACACACACAUAGAGCAGAAGCUCCCGGACCUCCAUGAGCAGCACCCCCCUCUCAGAAGAGCCCGGGGGCCUUCUGGCUGCCCUCACCCUGAUCUCGUGGGUUUACUCCUUGUUUGCACUGUGUCUGUGUCACUCUUUACACCUUUCUGAACAGAACUGUCUUCUGCUCUUGCAUGAGAAUUUGUUCACAAGAAAUCCCCUCCUGUUAAGAGAGAGAGAGAGAGAGAGAGAGAGAGAGAGAGAGAGAGAGAGAGAGAGAGAUUCUAAUGCCUCCAAGAUGUUCCAAGACCCUCAUAAACCUAGAAUUCAGCUGUGAAAGGGUAGGGAAAAUGACAGGCAAGCUUACGAGUGUUCUAGGUAGGAGACAGGAAAUAGGGAACAAAAUAUUUGUGAACCCAUACAACUGGAUUAAGUGCCUAGAAAGGAAAACAAGCAAACAAACUAGCUAACUAACUCAGAUCCUAGAUAGGAAGUGAUUUAGCCCAUGUCACUCUGGUAACAUAUGUGAUUUUGUAAUACAUUCACCCAUCCAUUCCACCUUUCAUUAAAUAUUAAGGUCCCUCCCUGGGCCAGGAACUGUGGAAAUGAACAAAGUCUCUUUCCCCAUUGAACUUCUCUAAGCUGUGCUUAUUCGACACUCAUCAUAAUGUGCUUCUGCACCACUGCUCCCUCAACCCUAUUUACCCUUCCCCACAGACCCAUUUUGUUUACUGGUGAUUUUACUCCAGGUUUAUCUACAAAAGCAAUUCUGUCUCCGGUGAUAUCCUCAUGAAGCCAGCUCUAUGUUUCUCUCCUGGAAUCUCCAUGUGGUAGAGCCUAUGACUGGGAGAAGGAUGGGCACUUGAGAACUAGUGAGAGUACAACUUGGUUUUAGGGAGAAGGGGUGUGGGUCUGUGUGGAAACCAGUUUCAGAUACCAUCUUACUUCUGUUUCUGGGCUCUUUCCCUUCUUCUCCAGCAGAAUAAUGUCAAUAAUGAUGAUAAUUAUAAUCCCUGUGUCUAAGUCUGGUCCCCUACCCCAGUGAUCCCACCUACUCUAACCAGAAGAGCUUCACACUCUGGAGUGAUUUCUCCUUUACUUCCACAAGCUAGUGACCUUUCCUCUAAUGCAGCUAAGUCCGGAGUUAGGAAAGCAAUCUGAUUUAUUGAAUCUGUACUAAGUUGUGGGUCAUUUCUCUGAAGCCUGUUUCAGGAGAUUGCUAGAAAACUGGAGUGGAUCUCUAACUAGUGGAAUUUUAGGUGGUAUAAAGGAUAUGACUUUGCUAAGAGGGCUCUUCCUUUAAAUUACAGCACUGGGAGUCAGAAGUUGGGGGAGAUACAAGGAACACCCACCCCAAGUUUCCUUGCUCACUGAAGGACAUCGUUUUGCUUUCUUCCUCAUUGCUCCUGACAGCUUCUUGCCAGGGUCUGGGUAUUUAGUCAAGAGUAGAAAUAUGAUCAGCAAAAGACAAGGCACACCCUGUCUUAAAACAAAUCUGGCCUGUGGAGUCUGCUCCACAGUUCAUGACUGUCGGGGGUAGGGAUUAGCUUUGAGGACUGCAGUGCACAGGAAUACCAGGACUUCUAGGAGUAUUAAGUCAGGGGCAUGUGGCUACCUGUCCUUUUACUCCCUCACUUGGACUGACUGUGUGGCUGCCCUAUUCAUUCCCAUUUCUCCGUUUCUUCCCCAGGGUCAUUCAUCUACUGAUUCCCUCUGUCACCUUAUAUACUUCUUGUAUAAAUCUGGUCCCAGACACUGUCUCACCAGUCCCUUGCUCAUGUUGAGACACAGACUCAUCAUUCUGGACGAUCAGGCCACCAGCCUUGAUCUUACUAUGGCUUUCUGCCCACCGGGCCAGAGGCUGUGUGAUGGGGCAGGACUCAAGGAGCUGAACUCUCAGCUGGGAUAGCUCCCGGCACUGUAAUGACAUAUUUUAUCUUGGGAGACUGCAAGUUCAGUAGGUUUCUAACACCAUCUUAGGGUUUAAUAAUUCUCUAGAAGGACUCACAGAACUCAGAAAAACCAGUGUCAUCAUAGUCACAAUUAAUAACAGCAAAUGAAUAUGGACUAAAAUCAUCAAAGGGAAAGGGAGGGUCUAGGAGAGACAGGUGCAGAACUCUGAAUUGUCCUCAUCUAUUGGAGCUAUUUGGAUUUCACUUAUUUUUCCCAUCAAUGAUGUGUGACAAUGUGCAUGGAAUAUGUCAACCAAGGAAACUCACUCAAGCUCAUCAAGGUGCACAGUUUUUUUUAUUGGAGAAGGACCACAUAGAUACACUGAUCACCCGCAUGGCUGACUUUAGCCCCCAGCCUUUCUAGAGGUUGGGCUAACAUUCGUGGCCCAUGGUCCCAUCAUAAACUACAUUAGUAGCAUAAACUACCUAUUGUGGCCCAGGCAAAGGCCCUACUAUGAAGCAGGACAUUUUUAUGGAUUUAGAGGCUAUCUCUUGGGAGCUAGGAUCCAAGGAGCAAACAUUUUUUUGAAACACAAGGUUAAUCUUUUACUACGUGACAAUCCUUGCGAAUUCCUUACUGUUAUUGUCAAUUGCUGUGCUACUGCUAUAUAUUCAAGCAAUAAACAUUUUACAGCAGCCCUGCACUGGGUAUGAUGGGGUCCAAAUUAAGAAAAGUAGUCACAGCUCUCAAAGAGGAGAUAAGCAAAGGAAAUGGCAGAUAAAUACCUGUAAAUUUUAAAAAAGUGUUGUCCUAGUCCAUUUUCUGGUGUUAUAACAAAAUGCCAAAUACUGGGUAAUUUCUGAAGUUUAUUUGGCUCACAGUUCUGCAGCCUGGGAAGUCCAAGAACAUGUCAGCAUCUGGUAAGAGCCUUCUUGCUCUUCAUGGCACAGAGACUCACCUGGCAAGAUAGAGCAGGUGUGCUGGUUUGGAUCUCUCUUUCUCUUCUUAUAAAGUCAUAAUGCUAUCAUUAAAACCUAUGCAUUUGACCUCAUCUGAUCCUGACUACCUCCCAAAGGCUCCACUUCCAAAUAUCAUUAGCAUAUUAAUUUAGCAAUCGAGUUCCCAACAAAUGAAAUUUGGAGGGAUGCAUUCAAAUCAUAAAAAGUGCUUAACACAUAAUGGUUCAAUGGAUGCUUGGAAAAGGAAAAAAAAAUAAUUCCUCUUGGAAGACUGAAAGAUGGGACCUCAUGGAGAAAGCAGCCCCUGGAAUACCCCUUGAAGRAGAAAAACUGGGGCAAAAAACAUGCUACAUAUAUUCUGUCUAAUAUGGUAGCCAUUAGCUACAUGUCUGUUUAAGUCUAAAUUAAAGUUAAAUGAAACUGAAAACUCAGUUUCUCAGUUGCACUAAUCACACUUUAAGUGCUCUGUUCCAUAGCCAUAAGUACUGGUGGCUACUGCAGUGGACAAUCCAAAGCUGUAGAACAUUUACACAAUGGUAGAAAGUUCUGUUAGCACUCUAGAUGAAGAGAUUGGCCUGAGCAAAGGUAUGUAGGGAGAGAGGAAAGUUUGGAACUGAAGACUCUAGUGUGGAGAAUAGGGUUUGUAGGGCAAGCUCCCUAUCAUGCUGAUGCUAAUGAGGACAACUUCCCCACCAUGGACUUGCCUUGCUCAAGACCACUGGAUUUUCCAGCCUCACAAAUCAGUGAAGAAUGAAAAUGUGCAAACAAAAAUGAUUGGACGAUACAGGGCUCUGGACUUGUUUAGAAAUCUUUCAUAUCUUGAGACUCUCCCAGGCCACAAUGCUGCUCAAAAAAUAAUAAUUACGUUAUCAUUAAAUAAGUCAUAUUGCUUUGGUUGUAAGUCUUAUUUAAAUUCAACACUAUUUUGCUUCUAACUAUGCUGUUUUCAUAAAGUAUGGUUCAUGUAACAUGGUUGCCUGUUCACAACUUAAAACAAAUAGAGUAUUUUUGCUAGUUUAUACAUUUAACUGGAGUUAACUCUAUAGCAAACAUAUUUAGAAUCAUAUACACUGUUUUGUCAUGUGGGACCAUGAUGCAAUGGUAGCACUGACUGAUUGUAAUAUAGUGGUCUGAUUCUAUUUCAGAAAGUGAAAUUAAAGGAGGUGAACUAGAGACAACAACAAUAGUAGGAAUAGAAAAGGGAACCAAGGAAAUGUUGAAAAUGUGGAAUGAUUUACCCUAGAGGUAGGAAGACAGAGAAUCAAAUGCAAUUAUUAUCAGGGCUGGAACAAUAUUUUAUUUUACAUAAUCUAAAAUGUUAUCAAAUGUAAGAUGCACUCAUAUUUUAUGUACCAUUAAGAGAGGAAAAAUGUUAAUUAAAUUAUGGCAUGUUGAU